CAGCGCUGCACAUCACCCCCCUACCCGUCUUCUACAGACCUUGAGCACUGGCACAGGAACACAAUAAAAGGCGCCUCAGAUGGGUCCAUUGUUCAGAACAGCGAGCCCUGCUACAGAAACACCGCUUCCAUCGCUUCAAAGAUGUGGCUCUUGAUCUUCUUGGUGUGGCUGGCGGUAUGGGCCGGCGGCACGUACUGGUACUUGUUCGGGAAACCCAGCCCUUUCUCUUUGGAGUCCGUGCGACCCCCCGGACCCCGUGAGUUUGACCAGAAGAAGCGGGACAAAGUAAUCAAACAAGCCGGGGCCACAUUGUCCAAAGCAGGAAAGAAAGUCCUGGUCCUGGAACAGCAUGACCAGGCCGGAGGAUGCUGUCACACCUACAUCGAGAAAGGCUUCGAGUUUGACGUUGGUCUUCACUAUAUCGGUCAAGUCCAUGAAAACAGUCUGCUGCGAAUCGCCUUUGACCAGAUCACUGAAGGGCAGCUGGAGUUUCAGGAGCUAAAUCCGCAUUUCGACACCAUCCAGAUCGGAGUGGGUGACGAGAAGCGGGAGUACACCAUCGUGUCCGGUAAAAGUGAAAUGAAAGCUCAUCUGAUGAAGCAGUUUCCUGAUGAGACGGAGGCCAUCGAGGAAUUCUUCAAAACCAUGAAGGUCUCAGCUAAGAAGACCCACUACCUGGCAACGCUGAAGCUGAUCCCUCAGUGGGUGGCUUUGUUCCUGCUGAAGUCUGGCAUUGCAGACUUUGCCUCUUCGGUCUUCCGUCUUUCCGGCACCAGAGCGUCUGAUUUUGUAGACGCGCUGACCAAAAACAAGGAUCUCCAAGUCAUUUUUUCUUAUCUCUUCUAUGGUGUGCCCCCGAAGGACUCCAGUGUUCUGAUCAACGCCCUCCUGAUUCACCACUACAAACGGGGAGCCUACUACCCCAAAGGCGGCGCCAGCGAGAUCGCUUUUCACAUCAUCCGCACCAUCCAGAAAAGUGGAGGGAACUGCCUGGUCAGAGCCCCCGUCUCCCAAAUCCUGGUCAACGAGAAGGGAGCGGCUUACGGUGUGAAGGUGAGGAAAGGCCAGGAGGAAGUGGAAAUCCACGCGCCUGUCGUUGUUUCGAACUGCGGCAUCUUCACCACCUUCCAGAAACUCCUCCCACCCGAGAUUCAGGUCAAACAAGGCAUCCAGGACAGACUGAACAUGAUGAAGCACGGCAGAGGUUCGUUCUUGGUCUUCUCUGGAUUUGAUGGAACUCAGGAGGAAUUGGGCCUGGUGUCCACUAACUUCUGGCUUUUCAAGAACAAUGACAUGGACAAGUCAAUGGAGGAGUUCUUUGCCAUGAGCAAGGAAGAAGCACCUGAUAACAUCCCCAUGAUGUUCAUCACAAUGCCUUCUGCCAAAGACCCUGAAGCCAAAUUACGGCAUCCUGGAAAAUCUUGCAUGACCAUACUGACCAUGGUCAACUAUGAGUGGUUUGAAGAGUGGAAAGACACCUCCGUGCGCAAAAGGGGGGAUGAGUACUACAACUACAAAAUGAGAUUUGCCAACCACCUCUUCGACUGGGCCUGCACGCUGUUCCCCAAGAUCAAAGACAAGCUGGUUUUCCAGGACGUGGCGACCCCACUCACCAAUUCGCACUACCUGGGCUCUCAGCGUGGAGCCAUGUACUCCGCUGAGCACAACCUGGAGCGUUUUUAUGCCGAGAGCGUGGCCAGGAACAGGUGCAACACCCCUGUCAAAAACCUCUUCAUCUCAGGCCAAGAUGUGUUUAGCUGUGGGAUAGCAGGCGCCCUGCACGGCGGCCUCCUCUGCGCCUCCACGGUCUUAGAUCAUAUCGUCUACAUCGACUUGCUCCUCCUCAAGAAGAAGCUGAAGAGGAGGAAAGCCAGAGAGUUGGCCGGGCUGGCUAAGAAGCUGCAGUGAGCACUCCCCACUUCCCCCGAAGGGCAACGAGGAGACUGCAGAAUGUAGAAAGCAACGUUUGCAGGAAUACACUGAUCUGAUCCAAUCUACACGCACUUUUCUGAUGCUGAGGAGGGAUAACAGGGAUGUCCUGUUUAUGCGUUCGACACUGUCACAUUGAUUUAUUCAGUAUUUAAAACUGUUCACUCAUAGGGAAGGUCAGUGUCUCUUCAUCAGAUUGUACUUUGUUUGGCCUUGACAUUAUUGACUUGUUGAACUGUGAAUAUGACCAACACAGACAACAACAAAAAUGGCAGGAAAUUA